AUGAUGGAAGAUCUUCGUAUUACCGGUUACAACGCAUUAUUAACACCUGCUUAUAUUCAAGAAGAAUUCCCUGCUUCAGAGAGGUCUCAGAAGACGUCAACCGAAGCUCGUCAUGAAUUAUCACAGGUUCUUCAUGGAAAGGAUGAUCGACUUAUCGUUAUUGUGGGCCCCUGUUCAAUUCAUGAUACAGAAGCAGCAAAGGACUAUUGCGAACGGUUAUUAAAAGUGAAAGACCAACACAAGGGUGAGCUCGUCAUUAUCAUGCGUUCUUACUUUGAAAAGCCGAGAACUACCGUAGGAUGGAAAGGAUUAAUCAACGAUCCUGAUAUCAAUAACAGCUAUGACAUCAAUAAGGGUCUUCGUAUCGGCCGUCAACUUUUAUGUGAUUUAACAAAUAUGGGAAUGCCCGUUGCCGUUGAGUUACUUGACACCAUUUCACCUCAAUACCUCGCUGAUCUCAUGUCCUGGGGAGCCAUUGGUGCACGUACCACUGAAUCUCAGUUACACCGUGAAUUAGCCUCUGGCGUUUCGUUUCCCGUAGGUUUCAAGAAUGGCACAGAUGGCAAUGUGCGUGUAGCCAUUGACGGUAUCGGAUCUGCGUCUUCUUCUCAUCAUUUCUUGGGCGUGACAAAAAAUGGCACUGUCAGUAUCACACAUACUACGGGUAAUCCAGACUGCCACAUCAUCUUACGAGGAUCCAAUGAUGGACCCAACUAUUCCGCAGAGCAUGUGGAGAAGGCCAAAGCUGCUUGCGAAAAAGCAAAAAUUCGUCCUAAUAUUAUGAUCGAUUGCUCACAUGGUAACUCAUCUAAAGACCAUCGUAAUCAACCCAAAGUAUGCAGUGACGUAGCACAACAAGUGGCAUCGGGUAAUCAAGCGAUUACUGGUGUUAUGAUCGAAUCAAAUAUUAAUGAAGGUAAACAAUCUGUGCCUGAGGAAGGUCCAUCCGCUUUAAAGUACGGCGUUUCCAUCACAGAUGCUUGUGUAGAUUUUGAAACAACAGAGAAAAUGUUGGAUGAAUUAGCUCAAGCUGUUAAGGCAAGACGUGCUCUCCUCAAGAAAGAUUAG